CAACCCAACUCAGUACUCACAAUCGAUCUGUUACUUAUUACAUAUUUUUCUCAUGAUAUUAUUUAAAAAAAAAAAAACGUUUUGUCUAUGACUGUCGCUAAAAUAUCUUCAACCCAUAAUAAUUUAAUGAUUUAUAAUAAUAUCAUAUUUCGUUGAGGACAAAAAUGAACGAUACAUCAGAAAGCAAUUAUGAAAUGCUUCAAGCAUUAUAUGAUUACAAAGAUACUUCAUCAGAAAGAACACUGGAUUUUAAAGUUAAUGAUGAAUUUUUCAUUUAUCGAGAUGUUGCUGAUAAAAAGAGUUGGUGUUUAGUUAUCAACGAUACUGGUGAUAUAGGAUACGUACCUUAUAGUUAUGUCAAAACCAUUUAUGUAAAGGGUACUCAUGUAUUACAAUUUUUAGACAAAUGUCUAUCAACAGUUCAACAAAAACUUGAUGUAAAUGAUAAUUUUUCUGAUACUUAUAAGUUAUACGAAUCAUUAUUGAGACGACAAAAGAAAUUUAAACAGAAAUCUUCUUAUAAUACAUUGGAUACACCAAUUACACCAAUACAAUGUAAAACUGUUGAUAAGGGUAAUCAAUCUGAAGAAUGUGAACAAAUAUUAAAUGAAACUAAAAAUAAUUUAGGUGUUUCAAAUAAAUUAAAAGAGAUAACUAUUCCAGAUAUUUAUGAAGUUGUGCAGCAAGUAAGAAAUCAUACAGGAUUGUCUUACAAUUUUUCUCAACUAGCUGUCUCUGUUGUGAUUCAACAUUUGUCAAAUCUAGUCGAUGAAUCAUCUAAACCUAGUCUCAAUAGUAUACGUGAAAUUAUUGAUACUUUUCCACCUACAAGUGAAACAUUGCCUGUAGAAUGUUUAGAAAAUACCAAGGAUGGAAAAUGUAUGCAACAGAUAUUGGAAUACCUAACAUCAGUUAAAGAAGAUUCGCAACAACGUUCAUGGCAACUAUUUGAUGAUCAUGUUCAAAUUGAAGACUGUUUGAUAGAGCUCAUAAGUAUCUUGAAAAAUGCAGAUCCAAUGAUCAUAAAUCAUGUUUUAAAAAUCGAUCAAUAUACAUCAAUUAAUAAUUUAUUAGAAUAUUACCAAAUGGAAUUACGAUGGGUGAUUCAAAAACAUUUGCUUGACAUUUUUUCAGAACUAUGUAAACUCAAUUUUGUUGUGGUUGAAAUUAUUAUUAAUUCCAUAUUACCAAUGGAAUUAGCAAGAGAUAUGCAAAAUAACAAAGAUGAUUUAAGCAAACAAGUCAUUCUUGCUGAAUUUCUAACGCUCAUCUUAUCAGUUGGAGAGACUUUACCGAUUUCUUGUUUUGAAUUUAUGAAUGUAGACUUUGUUACCAAAAUACUAAGUGAUAUAGAGGACAAUCAACAGAAAUCUUCCUAUGAUGAAAAAAAGAUUGAAUGCAUGAUAAAUUUAUUAUUGUCUUAUAAUCUUCAAUUUUCAGAAAUUGAAUCAAACAUAACUUUAAAAGGACUGGCUCUGAGAAAAAAUGCUAAAGUACUUACUGAAAAUUUAAUGAUUUUACUUAUUCUUGAAAAAGAUCCGGUACAAGUUUUAAAAUUGAAGAAAAAGCCUAAAAAUUCUGUUGAAAAAAUGUUAAAUGACAUUCUUGCUGACUCAAAAACUGCUAAACUCUUGUAUAUUAAUGACGUAGAGGUUUUAGUUGAUUUUAUUAUACGUCAAUUAUUGAAUGUUCCGUCUGAAGAAAUGGCUCGUACUUCUUACUUAGAACUUUGUAAGAAUAUAAUUUUUAAUACAGAAUAUUUAAACCAAAGACAUAAAUUAUCAUAUCUGAACAAAUGCCUUCAAGAAAUUCUUGUAGAUGAUAGUUCUUGUACAAAAAACCAAGAUGUUUGUAUUAUUGAGGAAAUUUAUUCAAAACAUCCAGAAUUACUUGAAUAAAAUUGUCUGAAUAUAUUAUAUUUGUUACUGAAAUGUAAUAGUUUGCUUAUUCGUUAUAUUGAGUUUUAAUCAAAAUGCUGAAUGUGCUUACAAAAAUGUUGUAAUAAUUAUUCCUGUACUUUAUUUUUAUGUGCCAAAU